UCUGGAUUCCUGUUUACUGUAUAGAUACUCAGGGCACGGCAGAGAGCAGACAGAUAUCAAAACUCUCUCAUCACAUGCACACAUACAGCUCAGGAAGCAGACUCACAGAGACACGCGCACUGCUCCGCACAGCAGAACAAGCAGAGGAGGAAACUCUUAACAUCUGUCUCCUUGAACUCUCCAGGCUCAGAAUUCUGCUCACUUGGACUGACGAUGUCACAGCACGCGCAGCAUUGCCUCAUCCGAGUCCUCCUGUUGUGGGUCUGCAUGCUCUCCAUCAGCCAGGUUGUGUUCAUCACACUCUAUUUCUCAGCUGGACAUCACAACCGGAUUGAGAAUGUCACUGGUGGGGCAAUAACACUGCCAUUUAAGAACAAUCAUUCUUUGCCUCCCCCAGAGCCCAAGCCUCGCCUGGGAAAAGGGAAAAUGCUCAACUUUAUUGCACAUCCUACAACAGACAGUGGAGCAGUUAAAUGGCGACCAAGGUACGACACUGAAGGCCUGGUCACAGUAAAAGAUGAAGUCCUGACCAUAGACAAAGAUGGAUAUUACUUCCUAAAUCUUCAGGUGACACUUCAGACAUGCAAAAAUGUGUCUUUACUCGAAGGCCACUCAAACCUCAUUGUGAAAGUGAUGUGGACGAAUAAGAAUGAGAAGCGAACCAUUCUGGAGGGUCGGAUAAACAUGGACACAUGCAGCACAGGCCUUCUCGCCAUGGUGACAGCGUUUUCUUCUGAGGCGACCCUGGUGACUAAAAUCAACAUGGAGACCCCUAAAAUAAAUCACACAGACUCACUGACCCACCUGGAUAUCAUAUACAUGCAGUUAUAAUCACUCUGUAUAGCUGCUCAAGAUUUGACUAAAGCUGACAUCAUCACUACAGAUCGGUUUCUUGUGACGUUAUAUAUAUAAAACUCAGUUACAUAGAAAAGCAUAAUAAAAGUUUGAGGGGAAGUUCCCUGGUUAGGUUGUUGUCGGUUUCUUUCAACUAUUGGUGAUCCAAAAGCACAUUAACGGUCUAUGAGGCCUGUAUUCAGGGUGAAUGGAUCUUACUUGGUUGUUUAAAUUGUAUUGUCUUGUUUAUUUUCUUACAUUUUACAUUUGCAUUAGCAAACAUCAAGAAUGUAUUUUGAUAAAGCGCCACAAUGAUCUGUGAUUUGCACAGCACUUUUUAGCUGUUUUUCUUGCUAUAUUUGUAUUAAAUUAUUGUUUGGACCUGAAUUAUUUACACUUUUUGAAAUAUAUGUAUGAUAUUGAAUGUACGUCACUGUGUGACACUCAAUGUGUUUGUAUUGCAUGCUUUUAUUUAUAGCCGGGGUCACCUGAGAGAAUGUAUUUUCUUUUUCAAGUGUUGCAGGGCUUUAUCGCUAGUGGAGUAAAUACUCAGCAAUAUUACUGUUCUUUUUAUUUUGGUAAGGUGCAAAAAUGUGGAUGUUUUCUUUCAAUUAUUUUCUUUUAGUCUCCACAAAAAAAUGCAUUUAUCUGAUGAUCACGUUAAAAAUGUACCACAAAUACCUAAAGUCAUGCUCAUUUUCAAUUUCUGAUUUUUUAAUGGAAAGUGAAAUGGUCUGACUGAAACAGUUGUUUCAGUUUCACAAGCUGAAAGAGACAUUUGGUUUUGUCAAUGAUCUUCAGUUGUUUUUUUAUGAAAUGAGGAACUGUGUAUUCCUCUGUCAAUGAGUGUACAUUCAACUUACUAUGAAAUCAAAAACACAUGGCAUUAGUUCCUGGAGCAUUCAGAUAUGUCUUCAUGUCUGUCAACAAACUGUCGCCAUUUAGAAUAAACGUCACAAUAUGAUUUUUAAAAAUCUGUACUUUAUAUGAUUUCAGAUGUUUGCUUUGUUUUUUGGGUUGAAAAUA